GGCAGCGGGAGUGUGCAGAGCUCAGGGCAGGGAGCACCAGAACCUGCAGCUUCAGGGCCCAGUUCAGCAGGGAUUCCCUCCCGUGCUGGGGGGCACUGCCCCCCUUCAGGGGCCGCCCCGCCCCGUGUAAUCUGACACUUGGAUCUCCUGGACGACCAACAACAAAAAAGCUGAGGCCGAGACAGCAGCUGGCUGUCAGCAGCUCCUGCCGCUGCACUGAGGAGAGGCGCCCAGGGAGCAGCAGGUCAGGAAAGAGGCGUCUGGAAGGAAGGAAGAGGUGGCAGCCAGGGGAGCACGUGGACGCCCUCGGCUCCCCAGCACUAGCAACGCCCCCAAGCCAGACACCUGAGCUCCCAGGCCUUGGAGGUGAGGGCGGGAUCUCGGCCAGCCUGGGGACUCCAGGUCCUCUCUGCUCAGCACAGUCCGGCAGGAACCCUGGCAGGAACCCCACUGGAACCCAGCACAGCAUGGGGGCCUCCAACUUCGUGCAGGAGAUGAAGGAGGUAGGCGAGAGGCUGCUGCUCAAGCUGCAGAGGCUGCCACAGGCGGAGCCCGUGGAGAUCGUGGCCUUCUCGGCCAUCAUCCUAUUCACAGCCACUGUCCUGCUGCUGCUGCUGAUCGCCUGUAGCUGCUGCUGCUCCAGCUGCUGUGGCCCCGCCGCCCGGGGCAGGAAGAGCCAGGUGCAGCCCAUGGCCCCCCGCUGAGGACGGAGGGGACCAGGAGAAGCUGGAGAGGAGACACCCAGAGAGCCAGCGGGGCCCUCAGUGAGGAAAUGGGAUGGCGCGCCCACUGACCCUCCCCUGUCAGUGGCCGCUGGGCGCUGAGGAGCAGCGACCUGGUGGAAGAAGGCCUGCACCUCUGGAGGGCUGGCCCUCGGGAUCCUGCCAGCCCAGCCAAAGAGGAGCAGGCCGAGGGCAGGGGCCAGAGCAACAGCUGCAGGACCCAGGGCCUGCUGGAGGGAGGCACGUCAGUGAUCUCCCCAGUAUGUGCCUGUUUCUUUCCCAGUAAAAACUUUUGGGUU